AUGGCGGCGGCCAGUGCUGUGCGUGCGGCCGCGCGCCGCUCUCGGCACCUCUUCGACAUCUUCGUGGCUGAGAUUCCCUGGACGGUGUCGAGCAAGGAGCUGAAGGAAUACUUCUCCCAGUUCGGGUCGGUGCAGAGGUGCCAGCUGCCGUUCGACAGAAAUACAGGCUUCCACAGACGUUAUUGCUGGAUUAAAUUCUCAACUCCAGAAGAUGUUCAGAAUGUGUUACAGAAGGACCCCCACAUUCUUGAAGGUUCCAAGCUCACUCUCAAACAGCAGAUCCGUAGAAGACGCAGUCAGAGAAAGAAUCUGAGUGAGUGAGUGAGUGGUGGAAGGAGGCUUUAUUUUACUAAAUGUAAAGAAACUAAAAUAAAGAUUACUGAGAAACUA